AGGCGGCUCGCUUUCCCCCUUCUUUUACUGCCCCCUCUUGAUCUAGGGUUCACCUUUGCGAUACUAACAAGGAUCUUUGAACCACCCAAGAGAGCCCUUCGGCAGUUCUCACGGGGCGGCCCGGCGACGGCGGCUGUCAACGGAGAGAAUAGAUGGCCUCGCCGGAAGCUCCCGUACUGUACUCCGGAGUCCGCCGGCAGUCCGCCGCCUUCCGCCUCAUGAAGCAAAUGGGAUGGGAAGAGGGUGAAGGCCUUGGCAAAGAUAAGCAAGGGAUUAAGGGAUAUGUUAGAGUAAAAAACAAACAGGACAAUAAAGGUAUUGGUGUAGAUAACCCUUCUAACAAUUGGGUGUUUGACACCUCUCAAUUUGACAAUAUUCUUAAAAGAUUGAAAGUGCAAGUAGCUGAACCGGAGGAGAAAGAAUCUUUGGAAACAAAAGAAGUUUAUUUGAAAUCUGGAAAUGAUAGAUCAGUAGUGAAUCCAGUUCCUAAGGUUACUCGACCACAGGGAAGGUUGAUUCAAUUACCCCUAGCUUAUUUGCUUCUUUAUAUGUGUAGUUUGCUUUUAUGCUGUAUAUAUUACUUUGAGGUUUUAACCAGGUAUAAGAAAAGAGAGAGUGGGAAGAUUGUGAAUGCAUAUUCAGAAAAGGAUCUUCAAGGAAUUCUUGGAAAUAAAGCUGAAGAAAAUUGCCAGUCAAAUAAAGAUCUAAAUAGUGCACCCGCAUCAUUAGAAGCAUCUGAUUCUCGUAUUGUUCAAGAGGAAGUUGUGCAUGCUGGGACAGGCCUCAAAGAUGAAGAUGGGCACUGGUGGGGUCACAAACAUGGGUUUGUUUCAGGAGGUUUUCUUGGAACACAGAUUAUUACCGCUAAAUCCUGCCAGUCAAAAGAUUCUCAGUGUCUUGCUUUACAUAAGCGGAAAAUGUUUGCCGAGGAAGACCAAGAAAACCUUUAUAAACUUGUCCAGGAAAAAGCUACAUCAGGAAAGCAGGGGCUUGGCAUCAAGGAUCAGCCCAGGAAGAUUGCUGGUAGCCACUGGAAGGGAAAAAAGACAUCAUUUGGUGACAGUGAUGAUGAAAAUUCUGCUGAUUCCAGUGGUUUGACAAAGCGUAAGCGGAGUGAAGAAGUGGAAGAGGGAGCUGUUAUUGAACCAAAGAUUAAGCUAAAAAAGUUGUGCAAACAGCUUCUGCGUCAGGCUCCUUCUCAAUCACUGAAAUUGAAGCAGCUUAGAGUACUCGUUGAGGCACAUUCUGGAUCUAUUUUCUCCAACUUUUCUUCGAAACGUGAUGCUCUUUCAUACUUGAAGACAAAGUUAGAAGGCAGCGGGACAUUCCAUGUGGAGGGUAAAAAAGUGAGCCUCACCUCAUGAAAGAGAGAUUUUGCCUAUUGCAAUUAAUUGAUUCCGUAACGAUGUAUGUGAUUGAUUCAUUUAUUUUUAUCAAGGACAUGAUAUGGAGUAGUCUCUUUGUGAGAGACCAAAAAUUUUGUUAGUGACAAGGAAAUGACCGUGGCAUGAUGCAUAAAAUUGGCAAUUAUUCAGCAUUUACACAUUCUAUGAAGAUAAAAUGAAAAAUGAUGUUCUUCAUGGAAGGAUUGAAAUUUUAGCAGUGAA